UACAUGUGAAAUGAGAUCAAGGUCUAAUAAAAAUGUUUACUAUUCUUUCGUGUGAACAACUUCGUCAUUUAAACAGAAAAUCAAAUAUAAGUAAAUAUUAAAUUUGCUGAAGGUGUUUCCUUUUUGUUGCAGAUUACUCGAGAAAUAUUAACGAACUGGAACACUUUUAUAGCCUAUCAAAAUUAAAAGAUAGAAAGAUGAAGAGAACAAGAAACUGUGAGAGUGGUUGGUGGGUGGUAUUAUUGACGGCUACUUUGGCAGUACCGGCAUUAGCGGAGGCAGGAGUUGGACUGUUCAAUGCAAGAUUGAAACAAGUCACCACCUCCAGCACUCUAAAGUGGACCAGCUUUAAGAAGGAAGCUACUACGAACUAUGUUAUCGGUGCUGAAUCACAACAAGGACCUAUAUAUCUGUGUAGAGCGCGACAUGUAGGAGAUAUGCUUUUAGGACAGUUGAGACCUGAGUACACUUCUUGUGCUGUCUCUGGAAGCAAGAGUUAUGACGCUUUUGAAGUGCUCGAAAACAUCGAAAACGCUUCAUUGAUAACCUGGCAGCCUUGGUUCAAAUUUAACUCGAAACCAACCGGAGCCGUUUUGGUGGAUUCAUCAGUUGAUUCCGUUUUUAUAGGAAGAGUCAAAGCUAAUGGUGGCUUUUCCCACAAUGUUGGCAGAAUAUCUUAUGAAAGUGCUAUAGGUCAACUUAUGACGUUCGAUGAGAAAAACAAUGAAUUAACUGAGACUAAAGGAGAAAUAUUAGUAGAAGUAGAACCUAUAAGUUAUAAAUUGGAGAAUGUAGAAUUAGAUGUAGCGACUGAACACGUUCGGCAGUCGGACCCAGAAAUAUUCGGAGAACGCGUUUUAAGAAAUGAUGACAGUGUUGCCGCCACUGUAACUACAGCUAUAGAAUAUGAAUUUAACUACAGUGUUUCCUGGGGUCAUGGUCAUGGAAUAGCCAUCGGUUUGAAUACCACCAUAGAAAUGGCCGAUGGAACAAUUUUCCCACAAAUUGAAUGGGCUAAUCCAUUCUCGGAAAAAAGAACCAAAUUAUACAAUCUUGAAAUAUAUCUUGAACCAGGUACAGCUUGCAAUGUUACAUUUAGAGGAAACCGUACAGAGCGUGACGUUCAGUAUACAGGAAAACUUACGACGUUCUACUAUGACAACGAUUCUCGCACCAGGCAAAUGCGAGGAGAAAGAAUUGAGGUAACAUUGGAAGUGGAAGCUAUCUAUGGCGAAAUAUAUUUCGUAGGGAACAAUAGCCUUGUGCCAACUACAACAACCACGACGACAACUACAACGACCACUACUACAACCACACCAGUACCAACAAUUCCAACGGAAUCUGAUAAAAACAACAUUCCAAUUGAAAUAAUAAAGCCCAACCAUUCAAGUGAAAUUGAUAGCAACAAUCUGGUCGAUAGCAACGCUGAAAAGGAACAGCCCGUCAAUGAGCAGAACAUAAACCAAGCCAUAGUGGGUCCUCUAGGAAGUAAACCAUCUAAUGGAGCAAAAUUGAGAGUAAUUUAUUUCACUUUAGUGAUACCUUUGCUUACGAUUUUACUUUAAAUGUUAUAUAUUUAGAAUUCCUUGUAUAUAUUGAAAUAAAUAUUGUAUCUGAAAUACCUGUCAAGAAUUGGUAUCUAGUUGCUUCGGCUCCAUGGUUAGGCAACUACGCUUGAUGCUAUUGUUUGUUAACCGAAAAAAAAUAAUCGGUUUCUCGAUUACAAGUUGUAAAUAGAUUAUAUUAUUUUCUUAACAUUCCUGAUAUGUGAUUCCAUUUCAAUAUGUAAGACGAAGAGCCAAAAUUAUCACAUACCUGUAAAUAGAAUUGUAAAUAGUUACUGAUGUACAAGUCGCAGAGCGACGAGUAACAUUGUAACCGCGACGAAGGGGUGUUUGUGACACCGUAGAUAGAGUUAAUUGAGAGUGAACUGUUACCAACUCAUAAAAGCAAUUAAUAAAUUUAAAAAAAAUUGCCUACAAAUCAGCAACUCCCAAAUGUGAUAGUUGGAAUAGUUAUAGUAAAAUACGACCCUAAGUGUUUAAGAAUUAAAAUUAUUACAACUGCCGUCGAUUUGCCAAAAUUUUCCAAACUAUUCGAUAUCAGUGCAUCUUUGAUCCAUUAUCACAUUAUUUUUUCUAACAAUUUUCUAUUAAACUGGACAAAUUUUAUAAUUUGUAGUAUAUUACAACGAUAUGUCUGCAACCUUAUGAAAUAAGUAGGUAAUAAAGAUAAUGCACAGUGCGAAAGCAACAUAUUUCAGUAUUUUAAUUCAGGUUACAAGCGCAUUAGAAGUGACAAUUAGUUUUCAGUACCUCCUACUUUGUAGUAUUUUGAUUACUUUAUAAUUGUUAUGUUUAGUUGUAAGAUACAAGAGUUUAAAACCCAGAAUUAAGAGAUAUUAUUACUAUUAUUAUUUUUUAAUUAUUUAUUUUGUUUUAUCUUUUAUUUCUUUGUAUAUUAUUAUUAGACACAUAUUUUCAAGCAGUUAUUGCACCAUGGUUCGGAAGAAUGGAAAUAUUUAUUUAAUUGCCAAAGUCGUAGCUUAUUUGUUAAGACUACCAACUGUUAUUAGUAUAAAUCACUAACAAUUAAAUAUUAAUUCCAUCCCUCCGUUGAUCUUACUAUUAGUUCUGUAGUUUUAGGUAUAGGACAUCUCCAAUAUUAACUGUUGUUAGUAUGCUUAGCGGUUUUUGUCAAUGUGUAAAGAAAAUUGAUGAUAUUUUUGUAUGGGUAGAUAUUGACUGUAAGCGUUCGCCUUAAUAUAAGAAGUAAACAAUUAUAAUAAUAUUCUACAAAUCUUCAUUUGAAAUUACAUUGUCCAUUAGAUAUCUCCAAUAAAUCUGAAGAGUAAAUUAUAAGGCUUUCUUCAGAAUUUAAAACAAAAAGAUGUUUUAUAGAAAAUUAUUUUUAAAACAGUCAUCCGCUGUGAAGUUUAAUUGAUUUAUUGUGUCAAUGUCCCACCUAGUUGUACCAUUAUCGUGUAAGUCUAAGUAUUUUAUAAUGAUCACAUUAACUGCUUUAGUCAGUAUAAUAUUUUAUGACUUAAAAAGAAGUCGUAAAUUGAUGUUAGUAUUAAUACUUUUGGAAUCUCGAGGCCUCUAUGUUCAACGUCUAAUACUUUAGGAUGUAUUUACAUUUUUGACAUUUCAACGAAAACGACCAGAUACCGUAACAAUGAUAUGAUUGUACCGACCGUCAAUAUCAUUGUGUCUGGUUUCGUUGAAAUGUUACAACUGUGGACCCAGCCUUAGAUUAUUGCUUACCCAUUGUUAAGUAUAGUAAAUUUGUUCCAUAGUAUAAUAAGGUAUGUUCCACUAUUGUUGUACGGACUGGCGUCCGACGUCGAGCGAUCGAAUCUCUUCUUAACAUCAACAUUGUUU